AUGGUGCGUUGGUACCUUACAAUUUUGAUAGCGGUAGUUGCCUGCCAUGGCCCAUUUGGGACCGCACCGUUCGACUUUAAGGGGAAAAUCGCCUUGGUGACCGGAGGUUCGCGCGGUAUAGGCCUUACCAUAGCCUCUGAGCUGCUGAGCAAUGGAGUUAGGGGCAUCACCAUCGUAGGUGUGAACGUAGGUAAAGGCACGUCGGCCGCCAAAUCGCUGAACCAGAUAUUUGGGCAUGGAAAGGUAAUUUUCAUCCCUGCUGAUGUCGGGAAUUCGAGCGCGCUUGAAGAUGCAUUCAAGCUCUCAUUUGCACAUUGGAAAGGCCUGGACAUUAUGAUUAACAACGCAGGCAUUGUAAAUGAAGUUCACCCCACGUUAGCUAUUAAUACGAACAUAGUUGGAACCUUGCAAGGUACCUAUUUGGGUUUCAGAUAUAUGAGUAAAAGUCGAGGUAGACGUGGCGGAGUUAUACUCAACGUAGCCUCAGUUUACGGUAUCGAGCCUCUUUUGUUUACUCCGGUUUAUUCUGGCACGAAGGCUUGGGUUAUUGCUUUCAGUCGUGUGAUGGGUCUUCCGGAUUACUACGAUUAUAACGGCGUUAGAGUACUAACACUUUGUCCAGGACUCACUGAUACUGAAAUCCUCGACAGAGUGCCGUUCGCGAGUAAAAUUUUGGAUGAGUUCUUGCCAGGUCUUAAGGAGCGCAGCGUGCAAAUUUUGAAUAACGCGCCCAUUCAAUCGGUAGAAGUUGUCGGAAAGGGGGCGAUAACGAUACUUGGAAAAGGUGAAAGCGGUAGCGUAUGGGUGGUGGAGCACGAGCAGGUGCCGUAUGAGGUUAAAUUUCCAGACAGGGAGUCUAUGAAAAAAAUCUAGACUUUUAUAUAGUCAUUCCAUUCUUCAUUGAAGACCAGA